UGCUUCCUCUCACACUGUCGCUCCCCGUUUGGGACAGUUCCUGAAGAGAGAAACGGUGCGCAGAGCUACAACAGAUAAUAAAGUUCACGAUGUCUACCUCCUCCUACAGAAAACGAUUUGGAGAUGUGAGCCGGAGCAGCGCGUUCUCCAGCCGCCAGACGUCCAGUCUCAUGCGCUCGCAGGUGUCUUUCGGCGUCUCCUCGGCUCCGGUUAUUUACGCGUCGAAGGGCUCCAGAGUCCGAAGUAGCGCGGCGAUGCCACGAUUGAGCUCUGAGACUGUUGACUUUAAUCUCUCGGACGCCUUAAAUAAGGAAUUCAAGGUGAAUCGGCUCAAUGAAAAGGCGCAGAUGCAGUCACUAAACGACCGCUUCGCCAGUUACAUCGAGAAGGUGCGUUUCCUGGAGCAGCAGAACAAGAUCCUAUGCGCGGAGCUGGAGCAGCAGCGGGGUCAGAGAUCUUCCAGCAUCGCGGAUCUGUAUGAGAAGGAGAUGCAAGACUUGAGGCGACAGGUGGACCAGCUCACCACGGAGAAAACACGCGCGGAAGUGGCGCGAGACAACAUGGCAGAAGAUAUAGAGCGACUCAGAGAGAAACUGGAGAAUGAGAUUCUUCAGCGAGAAGAUGCAGAGAACAGCAUGAGGAGUUUCAGACAGGACGUGGAUAGCGCUGCUCUUGCUCGAGUGGAUCUGGAAAGGAAGGUGGAGUCUCUCCAGGAGGAACUCGCCUUCCGGAAAAAGAUCCAUGAUGAGGAGCUGGCUGAACUGCAGGCACAGAUCCAGGGCCAGCAGGUGCAGGUGGAUAUGGACAUGGCUAAACCUGAUCUGACAGCUGCUCUGAGAGACGUCAGACUGCAGUAUGAGAACCUGGCAACCAAAAACAUCCAGGAGUCAGAGGAUUGGUACAAAUCCAAGUUUGCUGACCUGACAGAAGCGGCUAACAAGAAUAAUGAAGCUCUACGAAUGGCCAAGCAGGAGGCCAAUGAAUACCGCCGUCAGGUGCAGGCGCUCACCUGCGAGGUGGAAGCCCUCAAGGGAACAAAUGAAUCUCUGGAGCGUCAGUUGAGGGAGAUGGAGGAGAACUUUGGAAUGGAGUCAUCCAAUAACCAGGAUAACAUCGUUCGGCUGGAAGAGGACAUACGGAACAUGAAGGACGAGAUGGCAAGACAUCUGCGUGAGUAUCAGGAUUUGCUCAAUGUCAAGAUGGCCCUGGACAUCGAGAUCGCCACCUACAGGAAACUUCUAGAGGGGGAGGAGAGCAGAAUUGCAACCCCUCUUCCAAACUUCUCCUCCAUCAGUUUGAGAGAAGCGAUGCUCGAGUCCAAGCCUGUUACUGAAAAUAUAAUUACUAAGAAAGUUCUUAUUAAGACCAUUGAGACCAGAGAUGGCCAGGUGAUCAAUGAGUCCACUCAGAACCACGAUGAUCUGGAGUGAUGGAGGGAAAUCUCCUACCAUUAUCAUCCACUGCAAACAGUAUGAACAGCCCACAAUAACCUGCUUCAAAGUGCCUUUUUAUCUGCCAAAAAUAUACCUUACAAGUAUUUGAGCCUGUAGAGGACCUGUAGUUCUGUGAGAACACAUGACCUUUAGCGUACUGUGAAUCUUUUCAUUGUCUGAACCUGUAUUUAUCUUCCACAUAGCAUUUCUGAGCCAACAUGCUUCAAUAAAAAUAAUCAAAGAAGA